GCAUCUGUGAGAUGAGCGAGCAACACGAGGAGGGAGGCGGGAGAGAGAGAAUAAAGCCUGUUUCCCGAGGAAACUCCUCCUAAUGUAAGACAGAAGGAGCUCGAGGACGCAGCGGUGUCGUGAUGUUGGCUGUGUUUCUGCUGCUGUUGGCCUCCGUGGCAUCCGUCCCGUCUCCCUCCAGACCCACACCCAGAUACUGCCGCAGGUGCUGCGAUCACCUGGACCCGCCCCUGAGCCCCGCCCCCCCGCCUGCAGCCAAUCACACGCCAGAGAUCCGCACCAUCAUUAACAUGACCAUCCUCAAAGGGGAUAAAGGAGAGCGUGGGGACCGAGGGACGCCUGGUAAAGCUGGAGUGGACGGACCCCCUGGACUCACAGGAGAGACGGGGCCCAAAGGCAGUAAAGGAGACACCGGGGUCCCUGGAGACCCCUGCAAGAUCCAGCAGUCGUCCUUCUCUGUGGGCCGACGCAAAGCUCUGCACAGCGCUGAUCACUACCAGGCCCUGGUCUUCGACACAGUCUUCGUCAACCUGGGCGAACACUUCAACAUGUUCAAGGGGAAGUUCUACUGCUUCGUCCCGGGAGUCUAUUUCUUCAACGUCAACAUUCACACCUGGAACUUCAAGGAGACGUACCUGCACCUGAUGCACAACGAGCGGCCGCAGGUGAUCCUGUACACGCAGCCCAGCGAGCGCUCCAUCAUGCAGAGCCAGAGCGUCAUGCUGUCGCUGGAGCUCAACGACCAGGUCUGGGUGCGGCUCUACAAGCGUCAGCGCGACAACGCCAUUUACAGCGACGACGUGGACGUCUACAUCACCUUCAACGGACACCUGGUGGCUCCUCGAGUCUAGGAGGAGGGACCCUGAUUUGCACAGAGUGUGUAGAGGAGCAGACACACUGCAAAAAAAGCCUUAUCUUAGUAUUUUUCUGUUUCUAAUCAAAAUAUCUACAAAUUCUUAAAUUUAGAUUUUCACUUACCCCACACUCUUAAAAGGUUCUUCACAGCAAUGCAACAGAAGA